UUGGGUGUAAAAGAAAACACAGCACAACAUAGCACACACUGAGGCUAAACAUGGCACCUAAUACCACUUUCUUGCUCUCCUUCACAUCUUCCUCCUUACCCAUACCCUUAUUCAACCACCAUCUCCACACCCAAUUCAGAUCUUCCCACAAAUCAUUCUUUUCCUUUUCCAAGGCUACGACUUUCUCCUUCACCGCCUCGGUGGCCACGGUGGAUAAAGCAAGGGUCGUUCACGGAGGAGAAAACGCGGAGAAAGAAACGUUCAAGCAACCAAGACCAACCGAAGUCUACAUCUGCAACCUUCCAAGAAGCUGUGACGCACAACAUCUACUUCAUAUGUUCAACCCUCAUGGAACCGUACUCUCUGCUCAGGUUUGCCGCAGUGAGGAGACUGGUGAGAGUAGAGGGAGUGCUUAUGUCACAAUGGCAUCUAUUGACUCCGCAAAAAAGGCAAUUGAGGCAUUGGAUGCAUCGGAUGUUGGUGGGCGCGAAGUGCUGGUUAGAUUUUCAGCUGAGAUGAAUCCCAAGAGGAGAAAGAAUCUUGACACGAUGAAUUCGUUACCCAUGAGAACUAUAUACUAUGAAGGUCCUCAUAAGUUGUAUGUUGGGAAUCUUUCCAAGUUUACCAUACCUGAAGACCUGAGGCAGCUUUUUGGUAGAUUUGGUAAUGUGACCAGUGUAAGAGUGUUGCAAGAUACGAGACAAGGGAAACAAAGGGUCUAUGCGUUUGUCUCCUAUCUUUCAGAGAGAGAACGAAAUGCUGCACUAUCUCUCAAUGGAACGGUGCUUUGUGGUCGAACACUAGUGAUUAGAGAGCGUGUAAAGAGAGAGGAAUAAGAUCUGACAGGAUAUUCAGAUUUUACGUAGUGAUAGUUGCAAUUUUGAUUGUUUGGGAGGAAGCUCUGGUCUGGUAUGCAUAGUUGAGAUUGAUGCGAGAACUUGAGAGCUAGAAUAUGUCAGCAAGUGGGGUAGAUGUACUGUGAAAAGUCCAUCAAAAUCUGGAUUUAUUCCUUGUAUUCAAAAUUCCAAUCAGCAAUAUCUCUGUAUAUUUGAUAGUUCAAAACAUGAAUUUUUGAGUGAAAAAGUAUUCAACUUAAGAUCGAGAAAUAUAAUGGCAGACCUGAUAGGAAACUUCAGUUUA